GCCGCGCCCGCCAGCAUGCCCGGCGUGGCCCGCCCGCCGCUGCCGCUGCUGCUCUGGCUGCUGCUGCUCGCGCGCCCGGGCCGGCAGCUCGACUUGGCCGACUACACCUAUGACCUGGGGGAGGAGGACGACGCGGAGCCCCUCAACUACAAAGACCCCUGCAAGGCGGCUGCCUUCCUUGGGGACAUCGCCCUUGAUGAGGAGGACUUGAGGGCCUUCCAGGUGCAGCAGGCUGCGGAUCUCAGACAGCGUGCAACCCGCAGGUCUUCCAUCAAAGCUGCAGGAAACUCUUGCACCCUCAACUGUCAGAGCACUAGUGGGCAGCCGCAGAAGAGAAGUCACGGGAGAUGGAGAAGCAGGUCCCGGAGCCGGAGGGCAGCAACGUCUAGACCAGAGCGCGUGUGGCCCGAUGGGGUCAUCCCCUUUGUCAUUGGGGGAAAUUUCACUGGCAGCCAGAGGGCAGUCUUCCGGCAGGCCAUGAGGCACUGGGAGAAGCACACCUGUGUCACCUUCCUGGAGCGCACAGACGAGGACAGCUAUAUUGUGUUCACCUAUCGACCGUGCGGGUGCUGCUCCUACGUGGGCCGCCGUGGUGGGGGCCCCCAGGCCAUCUCCAUCGGCAAGAACUGUGACAAGUUCGGCAUCGUGGUCCAUGAACUGGGUCAUGUCAUCGGCUUCUGGCACGAACACACGCGGCCCGACCGAGACCGCCACGUCUCCAUCGUGCGCGAGAACAUCCAGCCAGGGCAGGAGUAUAACUUCCUGAAGAUGGAGGUCCAGGAGGUGGAAUCCCUGGGGGAGACCUAUGAUUUUGACAGUAUCAUGCACUAUGCCCGGAACACAUUCUCCAGGGGCAUCUUCCUGGACACCAUCGUUCCCAAGUACGAGGUGAAUGGGGUGAAGCCUCCCAUCGGCCAGAGGACCCGGCUCAGCAAGGGGGACAUUGCCCAGGCCCGCAAGCUCUACAAGUGCCCAGCUUGCGGAGAGACCCUACAAGAUAGCACGGGCAACUUCUCCUCCCCCGAGUACCCCAACGGCUACUCCGCCCACAUGCACUGCGUAUGGCGCAUCUCAGUCACACCUGGGGAGAAGAUCAUCCUGAACUUCACGUCCAUGGACCUGUACCGCAGCCGCCUGUGCUGGUACGACUACGUGGAGGUCCGAGACGGCUUCUGGAGGAAGGCGCCCCUCCGAGGCCGCUUCUGCGGGGGCAAACUCCCGGAGCCCAUUGUCUCCACCGACAGCCGCCUCUGGGUUGAAUUCCGCAGCAGCAGCAACUGGGUCGGGAAAGGCUUCUUUGCGGUCUAUGAAGCCAUCUGCGGGGGAGAUGUGAAAAAGGACAACGGCCACAUCCAGUCGCCCAAUUACCCAGACGACUACCGGCCCAGCAAAGUCUGCAUCUGGCGGAUCCAGGUGUCCGAGGGCUUCCAUGUGGGCCUCACCUUCCAGUCCUUUGAGAUUGAGCGCCACGACAGCUGCGCCUAUGACUAUCUGGAGGUGCGCGACGGGCACAGCGAGAGCAGCACCCUCAUCGGGCGCUACUGCGGCUACGAGAAGCCGGACGACAUCAAGAGCACGUCCAGCCGCCUCUGGCUCAAGUUCGUCUCUGAUGGGUCCAUUAACAAAGCUGGCUUCGCCGUUAACUUUUUCAAAGAGGUGGACGAGUGCUCUCGGCCCAACCGCGGGGGCUGUGAGCAGCGGUGUCUCAACACCCUGGGCAGUUACAAGUGCAGCUGCGACCCUGGGUAUGAGCUGGCCCCUGACAAGCGCCGCUGCGAGGCUGCCUGUGGUGGAUUCCUCACCAAGCUCAAUGGCUCCAUCACCAGCCCGGGCUGGCCCAAGGAGUACCCCCCUAACAAAAACUGCAUCUGGCAGCUGGUGGCGCCCACCCAGUACCGCAUCUCCCUGCAGUUUGACUUCUUCGAGACCGAGGGCAAUGAUGUGUGCAAGUACGACUUCGUGGAGGUGCGCAGCGGACUCACGGCCGACUCCAAGCUGCACGGCAAGUUCUGUGGCUCCGAGAAGCCCGAGGUCAUCACCUCCCAGUACAACAACAUGCGUGUGGAGUUCAAGUCCGACAACACAGUCUCCAAAAAGGGCUUCAAGGCCCACUUCUUCUCAGACAAGGACGAGUGCUCCAAGGAUAACGGCGGCUGCCAGCAAGACUGCGUCAACACCUUCGGCAGCUACGAGUGUCAGUGUCGCAGCGGCUUCGUCCUGCACGACAACAAGCACGACUGCAAGGAAGAACAGGGCUGCUGCCUCCCUGACAUUGAAGCCCUGCAGAUCCUUGGAAACAGCUCUCAGGUCAUUGCCCACGUCACACGAUGCCUCUCUGGAUACAGUACCACCCUGGCCUGCUCCCGGUUGUUGAUUCCACUGUGGCCCGUGCCUGCUGGACGCACUGUCCCAGCAGCACAAUGCAGACUCGCCUCUGACACUGAGAGUCUGUGUGCCUUUGGGUGGACAACCAAAGUACCAGCAAAUAAACUGCCGACUGGAAUAAACAGAGCCGGCUGUGACCACAGGGUGACAUCCACCAGCGGCACCAUCACCAGCCCCAACUGGCCUGACAAAUACCCCAGCAAGAAGGAGUGUACCUGGGCCAUCUCUAGCACCCCCGGGCACCGGGUCAAGCUGACCUUCAUGGAGAUGGACAUCGAGUCCCAGCCUGAGUGUGCCUAUGACCACCUGGAGGUGUACGACGGGCGUGACGCCAAGGCCCCCGUCCUGGGCCGCUUCUGCGGGAGCAAGAAGCCCGAGCCCGUCCUGGCCACGGGCAGCCGCAUGUUCCUGCGCUUCUACUCUGACAACUCCGUGCAGAGGAAGGGCUUCCAGGCGUCCCACUCCACAGAGUGUGGAGGCCAGGUGCAGGCAGAGGUGAAGACCAAGGACCUUUACUCCCACGCCCAGUUUGGCGACAACAACUACCCUGGGGGGGUGGACUGCGCGUGGGUCAUCGUGGCCGAGGAGGGCUAUGGCGUAGAGCUGGUGUUCCAGACCUUCGAGGUGGAGGAGGAGACCGACUGCGGCUACGACUACAUGGAGCUCUUCGACGGCUACGACAGCACGGCCCCCAGACUGGGGCGCUACUGCGGCUCAGGGCCUCCCGAGGAGGUGUACUCGGCGGGAGAUUCUGUCCUGGUGAAAUUCCACUCGGAUGACACCAUCACCAAAAAAGGCUUCCACCUGCGAUACACCAGCACGAAGUUCCAGGACACGCUGCACAGCAGGAAGUGACCACUGCCCUCACACGGCGGGGACGGGAGGCCCGCUGCCCUCAGUCAACUGAGCCGGACAGCGGGGGCCGGGCAGAAGGCGGGACCCCGUCCCCAUCCCCCAGGUGCCAGGACCUGCGGGCCAAUGGUCCAGGUGAGGCAGGGCACUGGACUCCUACAUGAGCCACUGCCCCACAAUCCCUUCCUCCCUUGCCCCCGCCAGGAGUGAAGGGCCAGGGCCAGGGAGCCAGAGCUUUCCCUGAGACACUUGAAGUGGCCAUUCCUCUCUGGGGGCCCAGCCCGGCAGGAGAGGGUCUGUCAGCGGGACCCGCCCACCUUCCCUGCCCGUCUCUACACGCUGUAUUGUGUAUGGCCGGUGGCAUAUCUUCAUUGUAAUGUACAUUUCCCACCCCUUCUCCAACCCUGAUUUGGUUUUAUUUUAAGCCUCCACUUCCCCCUGUUUCCUGGGGUGUGAGUUUCCGUACAUGUCCCACAGGAGCCAGGGUGAAAGAUGAAGGGGAGGGAGUGGGGCAGCAAGACAGGGCUUCUCUCAGGCCCAGUGGCUGGUCGGCCACACCAGGGCACCCCAGCCAAUAAACCGAAAGUGUUACAGCCA